AUGUGGAAUACAUGCAUCUUGCAUUCGCUGUCAUCAAUACCCCUUGCCUUCUUCAUUUCCAUACUUUUUUUCCUUCUUCUUGAUUUCCUGCAUAGCGUUCUAUGUUUUCUAUCCUGUAACGGCUGCUUUGACGAUUCAUGCGUUCCGACAUUUAUGCUGCACAUCCGCGCACAUGUCUUCAGAUCCAGCCGUAUAUCACUUGCGCUCUGCGGGGGCCUUUGA